GGGUUUUAAAUUUUGGAUCUGCAGAAUAUGGCGUCCUUCCUUAUAAGACAGGCUGCCAUUUUUGUUUUUCUUUUGUCUGAUUUUUUGAUAAAAACUGACGAGAACGUGUAAGGCACAAAAUAUAACACGAUUAUUGUGAUGGCACCCAAUCUGUUUUCAUUAAAUAGAGGAAAAGUAGAUGUGAAGCCCGACUAUUCUGUUGAGUGUAAGAAGUUCAGUUUUAACUGAGGGAAUGAGGUCCGGUUUUAAAGGGGAAAAUACUCAUUUUUGGGUUUGGUAUAGUCACGGUAGCUACGCACCAACGAAGAAGCUUUAUCGGCAUGUCUUAAAAGCAUAUAGCCGUUUAUCGUCCUUGGUUAGGCUUAAAGUUUCAACGCUCGUCUUUAGUAUUCUACGUGUACAUCGUUACAACAUACGUGUGUGACGUGAUGUACGUCAAAAUGUAUGCAGUUUAAACAAUGUUACUCGUUAGGUGACAGGCCAACAAUGUUCAGCCCAGCUGUGUAGCCUAUUGCAAGUUAUCACACUGACUACCCAGGUCUGAUUGUUGCAAAUGUUUGAGUUAGAGGCCUUGUGGUGGGUAGUGUAGAUGGACACCUCUCUGUUCACGAUAAGUUGACAAAUAAAAAGAAAAUUCGAUUAUCGUGAUCGCACAUGUUUGUACAUAGGCUACACAGAACACCAUGUCAUGUUCUAAUUGUUUCCAUUAUCCAAAGGAGUUUUCCCUGGCAGGGGCCAGCAAAAAAUGUCUGAACACAACCAACCCCCCUUUUGGAUGGCAGAGCCUCGAUUUAAUAACCCUUAUUUCUGGCCGCCACCGCCUUCGAUGCCUGGUCAGCUGGAUAACCUGGUUCUAAUCAACAAGAUCAAAGAGCAGCUGAUGGCAGAAAAGAUCAGGCCCCCGCAUUUGCCACCCACCACUGUUCCCUCUCAGCAGACCCUGCUGGUAGCCUCUCAGCCCUCUGAAGCCGGCCAACAUGUGAUGUCUAUCCCCAAGCUGCAGCAGGUGCCCGGCCUGCAGGUUCACAACUCCACGUCGCAGCCUGACAUUGCGCUACAUGCCCGGCCAGCCUCCAGCACUGUGUCAGACUUGAAUAUGGAUGAUAAAGCGGCAGUGAAAGCAAAAGGAUUAUGGGAAGAUUGGCAUAUGCGCACAUCUAUCGAGCAGGCCAAUAGAAUUAACCAGCGUUCAGACACACCCCACAACACCUCAGAAGCCAUCACCCCAACAACGCCGACCUCCAGCAGUCAGCACAGACUGGGUGGAGCCCCUAACCUCAACGUCAUUUCUGGCUUGGCCAGCGGGCCUGGCAUGGACCUGGUCAAGGGUGGAACCCUGGCAGGCAUGCUGGGGCCGCCACCCAAGACGCCACGUGGGCGCAAGAAGAUCAAAGCGGAGAACCCCUCAGGCCCUCUUCUUGUGGUGCCUUACCCAAUCCUGGCGUCCGGCACAGACCAGUCCUGUGUCACAAUUACUGCCAAAGAGGGAAAAACGUACAGGUGUAAAGUGUGCCCCCUGCAGUUCUUUACCAAGUCAGAGAUGCAGAUGCACUCCAAGUCCCACACAGAGGCCAAACCACAUAAGUGUCCUCACUGUUCCAAAUCGUUCGCCAACGCCUCCUACCUGGCCCAGCAUCUACGCAUUCAUUUAGGGAUUAAGCCUUAUCACUGUUCCUAUUGUGAAAACUCUUUCCGCCAGCUAUCUCACCUUCAGCAACACACCAGAAUUCAUACUGGUGACAGACCCUACAAGUGUGCGCACCCCGGGUGUGAAAAAGCCUUUACACAGCUGUCUAACCUCCAGUCACACCAGAGGCAACACAAUAAAGACAAGCCGUAUAAAUGCCCAAACUGCUACCGUGCAUAUUCAGACUCAGCCUCAUUACAGAUACACCUCUCCGCUCACGCUAUCAAAAACGCUAAAGCCUACUGCUGCAGUAUGUGUGGCCGGGCUUACACCUCAGAGACCUACCUAAUGAAGCACAUGUCCAAACACACAGUUGUGGAACACCUCGUGAGCCACCACUCUCCCCAGAGAAAUGACUCUCCUAACAUUCCUAUACGCAUCUCUCUCAUCUGAGUCCACACUUCACCACCCCCCCUCCCCCCUUCUCUGUCAUUCCUCUUUUUCACUUUACUUCUUCUUUUUUGUCUUUUUUUUAUUGCAAAGCAGUUUCAGAAUGUGCCAGAUGAUAUUCCUGCUCUCUUUAGAAUAGAGCAGAGAGUGCAGCACUUCAGUCCUCAAAGGGCCUAGUGGCUGCUGCUGGGUGUGUUUUUUUUGUUUCUUUGUUUGUUUGUUGGUGUGUUUGUAGUCCUUAACCAAUUAAUAACAAUCCUGUAUUGCUUCUAGAGAGUAGACGGACUUGCUGAUAGAGUUUCUCUAAUGAUCUACAGCUCUUGUGACUCUCUUGGAGGUGAGCUGCAUCCCUAGAGCAGACAGCCGGAUACCAUUUUGUUGCUGUCACUUAUGUUUGUUACCAAGGAUGUAUUAGGGAGACGCCCAAAGAUAAUCUUUUAAAAAGCACUUUCAGGCCUUGUGGUUUCGGUUCAAAAUGAUGUAGAGAUCUCUCUCUCUUUUUUUAUUCAAGAAUAAGGCAUUGCUUUAGGCAGCUAAAGGUUCUAAGACUAUCAUGUUAUUUAGGUGUCGUUGGUUCACUCUUCAUCUCCUUCUUUUCUUACCGACUCAAGCGUUCUCCUCAGUUUUUCCAUAUUUCCUGUUUGUACAAGAGAAAUAUUUGUUGGUCUCACAAAUGUCUCACUUAGACAUUCUUCCGCUUCAUCUGGUCUGGAAUCACACUUAGGAUGACAUUUUUAAAGGUGCAAAAGGAAAGCAGAUAGAAAACAGGCUAUACAUCGUAAAUUGACCAAAAAUAUGUAUUCAAUAGUCUGUCAAUCCUAUAUAUGAGUGAAUGAUACCAAUUUUAUGAAAUACUAAUACGGAAUUCAUUGAGCAAACUGAAUUGAUGCCAUUUUUGUAUACUUUUUGAGGUAUUGCAAGUAGAUUAGUCAUGCUGCGUUUGCACUUGUAAAAAUGACCUUUAGUGUAAGAAUGAAUGAGUCAUUUGUUGUUUUACGUAUGCUGUUCAGUUUGGGAACAUUGUUGUUUUUUUAAUGUUCUGAAUUCUUUGAAUCAAUAGCCAUUUUCCAAGAAUUUCUCAUUUCACUAUUUUUGCUGCCAAGUACCAUUUUCUCCAUACUAAAAUGUAAUUGUACUGUUACUGGUUAAAUUGCAGGAACAUUCUAAUUUGUAGAGAGAAACAGUCCUCCAGGCAUGAUCUUAUCUUCUUUUGCCCUGAAAAAUGUCAUGGUACCCAAUGUUUCCCGGCUGAAAUUGUUAUUGUAACAGGAAUCUUUACAAAAAAGAUUUAAAUUAAAUUAUAUAGUCUGUUGUCAUCCCAUGCUGUGCUCAUUCUAAUCUUAAUGCCAUAUGGCAGAUUAUUUUUCUGCCGACUCUAGUGUAACAGUUAGAUUUAGUCACGUGAUGCCAAAAUUAUAGUGAGAGUCUUUCUCACGGCUUUACCAAGGCUUAACUGACCUUGUUAAAUAAUAAAAAACUAAAUUGCAUGAAAUGCAAGAAUUGCCCUUGCGAACGAGUUUGAAUGUCACCUUAAUGCAGCCUUUCCCCCGCUUUUCAUCAAAUGACUAUUGAUUCAGUGUUGUUGGCUAGUUAUGUGUUUUUUGAACUGUGUCAUAUCAUAAUGUUUAUUUUCUUCAUCACAGCUAACAACCCAGUGCAGCAAUAAAUGGUGUGGGAAACUAUUUCAAAUAGUUGGACCAAAAAUCAUUGUAGUCCUGUGAACUGCACCCUAAACCUUCAGUAUGAUGACACAUAUUGUACUGACUUUUCAUGUAUACUGUAUGACCUGUUUAAUUCCAUUACUGUAUUAUCUACCAAAACAGAAAGUAAACCACUCCCAGGUUCACUUAAUGUUCAUUCUUUUACAUGCAUCAUACCAGUCACUUGUUAAGCUCAUUUCACUUACACAGGCUUGCUGUGACUUUGAAGAGAAAGUCAAGACUUAGCUUGAAAUGCAAAGAUGUUUUUUUUUUUGUUUUUUUUUGUAGUGGUCCAUGGCAGUUCGUUUCUGUACUGCAGCAAAUAAAUAGAGACGAUCUUCCGUUCUGGCUUCAGAUGCACACCAAGACAGACAGGCUCACCAGUGGUGGUGAUGCUCAGUUUGAAUGUGUUUGAAUGGCUUGGCGUCUGUUCGCACAUUCCUUGGGUUGAAUCAAAUGUGCUCAAUGCCACAGCUAGAUGCUCCAGUUCAAAUGGGAGAGCUUGCAGUCCUGAUGAGAUCAAAAGGAACAAACUGCCUUACUCUGCAAAAAAAAAAAAAAAAAAACACCUUGCAUAAACAUCAGCUAAAUCAGUCUCGAUAUGCUGCCAUUUCUACACAUGUUGCUUAAGUUGUUACAAUGGGUUCUUCUUCACUGAGGUUGACUAUUUGAUUUUUUUUCCUGUCACAUGACCAAUGUUUUUUUUUUUCCCUCAUGUUGUUAUUAUAAUUUUUUUAUUCCUUCUUCAUUGAUGUUUGUUUUUCCAAAAGAGGGCAAUCACUCUGGUGCUGUACUGAGAGUACUGAAAGUAACCUCAAAAAGAAACUCGCUCCCUAAUGCAGGUCUUCUGUGUUCAGUGGAAGCUUUUCGGAGUCAGACAUUUUGAAAAUAAGGUUGUCAUUUGGUUUCUUUUGGAAUGGAUAGAAACAUUGGCCCACAAGAAUGGGAGGCGAUCUUGCACAGUUCUGUGCUGUGUGCUCCCUCAUUCUUGAGAUGAGGUGCUUCUUACGUGUCAAAAGACAUUAUUCCUCGAUGUUGAGAUGGAACUUAAGCAUGUUUACAAGUGAAAUAAAGUCUAGUAAGUACAACUGCAGUUCAUUCUAUGCUGGCAACUGGCCACAAAACAAACUCUUCAUGCCAAUAACUGAUCCUGCCUCUACCCCUCCUAUCUUCAUCAAGCUAGUAAACUCAGAAGUGUACAUUUGUUAUGACAAAAAAUAACCCUUGUAUUCAUUUAUAGUGCAAAUUUUCAAAUUACUGUAUUUACUGUUGGAUUUUGUAUUAGUAUAUUUUCAUUUAUUAAUCAUUUUUGUGAGUAUUGAUAAUUUGUAUUAAUAUCCAUUCUAUUUUCUUUCCUUUUUUCUUACAUUUAAGCCUUAACUGUUAUCAUUGACAAUUUUAUUUCCAUAUUGGUGUUUUCAGUAUUCAGUCUCAGUACAUUUUACUUUUCAUUUUUCGCAUGGAGUACUUUGACAAUAACUUAUGUAUUAAUUAACUGUAGCAUUUGUUCUGUCUGACAUUGUUAUAUAUGUCUAGCAAUUACCACACCAUUUUUCCUUUGUCUUGCAUUGUGGUUUCAUUUUAAGAUUUGGCUUAAUAUGCACAGACAUGCUAGGUGAAUAAAAUAAUAUCAAUGUUAUAAAUACUUUGUAUCUUUAUCUGGUUUUAAUAAAUGCAGACUGUUAAUAA